GUGACAUGUAAGAGAGUGUAAGAAGAAGGAAAAUAAGCUUUCCCCACUUCAAGCACCAUGAAAAUAUGUAUGCAAAUCUUAUGCUUCUUUCUUUUACUAACCUUGUACAAAUGUGCAGUGAUCACUGGGGCCUGUGAAAGAGAUCUGCAGUGUGGAAGUGGAACAUGUUGUGCCAUCAGCUUGUGGCUCCGUGGGCUUCGCAUGUGCACUCCAUUGGGGCGUGAAGGAGAUGAAUGUCACCCUAUUAGCCAUAAGGUUCCUUUCUUCGGAAAACGGCAACAUCAUACCUGUCCUUGUUUGACAAAUCUCAUAUGUUCUAAAUUCACUGAUGGUCGAUACCGAUGCUCAAUAGACUUCAAGAACAUGGAUUUUUAAUGAAAAGUGCUUUGUGACCUUCAUACCUUUAAAUCCACAGCAUGUUAAAAAGUGUUGAAGAUAAUUGUCAGUUUACACAAAUGACUUAAAUGGGCUGUCAGUAAUUAGUAAUUUCUGGAUGUGCAGAUAUUGUUCCUGUAAAACAAAUGAAGAGAUUCCAGAACUGGGAUUAAAAAUGUAAACUUGCAGAA